CGAAAACGCUCACGGCGGAGUGUGCUGCGUAACAGCGUUGAUCAACGACGGCAACCUCGUGGUGUCGAACGCCGGCGACUGCCGCACCGAGAUGAGCAGGGGAGGAGUGGCGGAGACGCUCACGUCCGACCAUCAAGCUUCUCGCCCGGACUAGAAGGAGCGAGUGGAGGCCCUUGGCGGUUACGUGGAUUGCUCCAGGGGUGUUUGGAGGAUUCAGGAAUCUCUCGCCGUGACGAGAGGGAUCGGCGACGGGCAUCUCAAGGAGUUCGUGGUUGCCGAGCCGAAGACCAGAAUUGUGAGGAUUGA